AUGGGGCAUCUCGUCGACACCGGGCACAAGAUCGAACUGGAGAAAGCUUUAGAUGUUGUUUAUCGUAUCCCACUCAAUCGAUCGAAGGCUGCCCGAGUUUGGACACUGGCCAUGGUCGAGGCGAUCGCCAUUCCAGUACUAGGCCCCAACCUGUGUGCCCAAAAACGACUGGUGCAGGCGCUCCAAUUGCCCUGGCUGAGUGUGAAAACUAAGGCAGAACAUGACUUGUCACUUGACCCAAUUGGAGAAAGGUCACAUCAACUAACACGCUAA